AUGUCUAUACCUUUGAAAUCUUGUUUGACCAACGGGGGUACUAUCAAGGCCCGCUCACCUGUUGAUGAGGCUACGAAGACCGCAUGCCUGCAGGAAAUCGCCAAGAAAGGAAAACUAUCCCCGAAAAGCGUUGAUCAUAUUCUCAGCGAGUUCACAGCAACUUUCGAAGGCACAGAUAUCCUAUCGUCUAGCUGGCUGGAUUUGCGCUACCCCAAUUACGAAGCUAGGAACGCCCCAAACAGAUUCAUUGCGCCUGUACUUCACAGAGCGGACCAGGGACAUUGGUCUCUUGUGUUCGUGAACUGUGAGACUCAUAUUAAACAAUCAACUGUCAGGGUACAGCAUUAUGACCCCAAACCGAAUGAUUCUCGUGCCGCGGGUGUCAAGGACAAAAUCAAGAAAUGGGCGUAUGGCCAUCGCGGGGACAACACUAAAUUUCAGUUUGAAAAUGCUACUGGCCCUCAGCAUAGGACUAGUGAGAUUAGCGGUCUUUUUAUCAUCAUGGCAGCGCGAGCGUUUGUCCAGUUUGGACACACAAACCUAGCAUGGGACGAAGAACCCGUAGAAUACAUCAGAGGCAUCCUGGAGGACAAACGAAGACCUAACCUACCACGUCAAGACUUGGUCCGGCCUCCGUCGCGCGAUGACAAGGUUGGGCAACGCUCUUCCCUCACUUCCCCCAAGGUCCCUCACACGCCCAGAAAGAACUCUGCCUCAAUUCUUGAUUACAGGGAGGAUGUCUUUGGGACAAGAGCUCAUACCCCGUCGGCCACCACGCGAAAAAUUGCUGUGGACUUGGCCGGGAAGAUGACUCCGCCAAAUACCGAUCGAUCCAUGGAGCCCAAUUUGAAACGGCGCCGGACGGAGUCUGGUAGCCCUCUUAAGUAUGACCAGGUGAUCGGCCUCGCGAACUCAUAUCCAUCUCUGACCGCGCUGAAAGAAGCGAGUGAGAGGACAAUCGUCGAUCUUGAGACUACACAGAAAGCGCUCCGUGAAAAGAACGAAGCGUCGGCUCGCGUUCAACAGCAGUUUGAGGAGUAUGAAGAGGACCAUGACAAUGUCUCCCGAGAAUACGAGACCCUCAAAGGCCAGGUAGCAAAGCACGAAAAGGCCACCAAUGACUAUCUAGCCAAGAUGCCGCCGGUCCCCAAAGGCGUGUUCUUAAGCGCUGAGGAUAUGAUGAACAUCAUGGUAGCCAAGUUCGAUGAAUCUGCAGCGCCUACUAGGAAAGAGUUGCAGGGCAAACAAGAGCUGAAAAGAAAGGCGAGUGAUCUUCUAGAAUUCACGGACCAAAAGCGCAUAGCCAUUGAGGCUGAUGUGCGCAAGGCUGUUGAGGCGCAGAAUUUGGCGGAGGAAGAGGCGAGGAAGGCGAUUCGGGUUCAUGAUGAGGCAGAAGCUGCGGAGGAAUACAGAAAGAAAAUGCAGCUUGCGAAGGAAAAUUCUGAAAGUAGUGAUUGGUUGCAGAAGUGGCGAGAGAGACGUGGUGGUGUCUGA